AUGAGUGACACCGAAAACCUUACAUUUAAAAAAUCCGGUAAAAAGCUGAGUAAACGAUUACGAAAUCCCAGAGGUCCCUGUUUUUUGGCCAGUGGUUUCUAUCUGUUUUGGCUGCUCCUCUUCCUGGCAGUCGUUGUGCCACUGUUCCAUCGUGUUCCCGGUCCCAAAUCCAUUGAGGAUGCCUCCAAGGGAGUCUUUAUUGCCCAACGGGCAAUGGACAAUCUGUACAAUCUUGUGAAAAUCGGACCCAAAGUAGUUGGCAGCGAAAAUAACGAGAUUAAAACGGUGCAGUUUCUGCUGAAAGAAUUGGCUCUUAUCGAGGAGAAUGUAUUGGACGACCUGUUCGACAUUGAAGUAGAUCUGCAGGAGGUCUCAGGAUCGUACAUUCAUUGGACAAUGGUGAACAAGUAUCAGGGAGUGCAAAAUAUUGUUAUAAAACUGAGUCCCAAGAACUGCACCAGUGAAACCUACCUGUUAGUCAAUAGCCAUUUUGAUUCCAAGCCAACGAGUCCUUCUGCCGGCGACGCAGGUCAAAUGGUGGCCAUCAUCUUGGAGGUUCUACGUGUGGUGUCCACCACCAGACAAACGUUCAUGCACCCAAUUAUCUUCCUGCUGAACGGCGCCGAGGAGAAUCCUCUACAAGCCUCACACGGCUUCAUAACCCAACACAAAUGGGCUCCAUUUUGCAAGGUUUUUCUCAAUCUGGAAGGAUGUGCCGGCGGAGGUCGCGAAUUACUCUUUCAAACUGGACCCAACCAUCCCUGGCUAGUAGACUACUACAAGAAACACGCCAAACAUCCAUUCGCCACAACCGUGGGCGAGGAAAUCUUCCAAACCGGAUCCAUGCCCUCUGACACGGAUUUUGGUAUUUUGACUAAAUAUGGAAACCUCAUUGGUUUGGAUAUGGCCCAGAACAUCAACGGCUAUACCUAUCACACGAAGUACGAUACCUAUGACAUUAUCCCAUCUGAUUCUGUUCAGAGUAUGGGUGAAAAUGUACUCAGUUUAGUUCGAGCCCUAUCCAAUGCCACUGAACUACGAAACACUGCGGACUACGAACAAGGACCAUCUAUAUUUUUUGACGUUUUGGGAUUGCAUUUCAUUAACUACACUAACAAAACUGGCAUUAUUCUAAACUUCUCUGUGGCCAUAGCGGCCAUACUGCUAAUCUACUUAUCCCUCGGUCGCAUGGCAAACCAUUCCGAAGUUUCUACCGGCUUUAUGUUGUCCUGGUUCGGUCUGAUUUUAAUCGUACAAAUCAUCGCCGUUGUCCUUGGCCUGGGACUACCCAUAUGGAUUGCAAAUUAUUUCGAUAGUCAGGGUCUGAGCCUUACCUACUUUAGUACAAAGGAGUUGAUGUUCGGAUUGUAUGUGUGUCCAACUCUGUUUGGCCUGCUUUUGCCGCCCUUCAUAUUUUUGGGACUUCCACGGCACAGCAAAACGCGCUUUCACCAACAACUACAUAUGGUUUGUCAUGCUCACGCCAUCAUAUUAGCGGCCCUGGUAAUCGGAUUGACUUUGUAUGGUCUUCGGAGCACCUAUGUGAUUACCUGGACUCUCCUGUUAUACGUAAUUGCCCUGGCCAUCAACCUGAUAACCCCUCUGCAUGAUCAGGGAAUUUCGUGGACAGGAGCAGUGGUCAUCUCUCAACUUUUUGCAUUUUUGUACAACAGCUAUCUGAUGUAUACUCUUGUGCAGACGAUGAUUGCUAUGAUGGGACGCUUUGGCAGGUCCACGAAUCCGGACUUACUUAUGUCUGCCAUUAACGCAUUGGGAACUAUUCUGGCAAUGGGCUUCUUGGUUCCCAUUGUUAUUAUAUUCCGUCGACCUGGGUAUAUCUUAAUCACUCUGUUGACAGUGUUUGGUCUAAGUGUUUUGACAGCCCUGUACACCCCUCUUGGAUUUCCCUAUCGGCCAAGGACCAACGUUGAAAGAGUGCCCUAUCUGCAUGUGCGACGUACCUUCUACGAAUAUGAUGGGAAUGUUAGCAAAGAAGACUCCGGCUACCUGUUUAAUUUCCAGGAUCGUCGUGGACCGGCUCCUUUGGAAGGAACCAAUGUGAACCUAACUGGAUUAAUUGGCAUCGCAUCGGAGUGUGAGAAGCAUAUGAUGUGUGGACAACCACUUUACGAUCACCGAUGGGUGAAGAAUCGUUUGAACGCCAUGUGGCUGCCGCGUGAGGAACUGAUAGAUCCUCCUUAUGUGCCCAAUGUAAAGCUAAUAAGCAAAAUUAUACUGGCCGAUAAGACAACGGUCCGAUUCAAGUUCACGAUUAAUACAACGGAUCACACCAGUCUGUUUAUCCAACCAUUUGAGGACGUUAACAUUACCAACUGGACGUUUCCACCUGAAUACCUUGGACAGCAAAGCACCUAUCAUGUUUACUUCUCAUAUGGCAAGGACAGCUCGCCAUUAUCCUUUUUUAUAGAACUCUCGAAAUCCAAUGGCGACUUCAAAGUUCCCCUCUUCCAGUUGGGCGUGUGCGCCCACUUUAUUGGCAACAAGGGCGAUGAAUUGAGCCAGAACUUUGCCAAAUCUUUUCCGGACUAUGCCGUGCUGAUCGAGUGGCCGACCUCAUAUCAACGAUUCAUUUUCUAAAAAUCAAACAGUCUUAUAUAUGAGUUGGGAUCUGGAAAACAGCCCUCUCAUGCUAGUCCUAC